AUGUAAGAUGGCGGACUGCGAGUCGGAGGUGCAGCGUCCGCCUACGAGGGAUGACGGAAUGAACACGACAGUGACGAUGAUGAACAACGGGCGGGUGCCGCAGCACCCGAGUCCCUCGGUGAAUCCCUCCGCGCAGGGACCGCGGUGUGUUACGAUAUACAAGACAGAAACCGGGUUUGGUUUCAACGUGCGCGGUCAAGUCAGCGAAGGCGGACAGCUGAGGAGCAUCAACGGGGAGCUUUACGCACCGCUGCAACAUGUCAGCGCUGUGCUACCCCAAGGCGCCGCCGAGAAGGCCGGAGUACGCAAGGGUGACAGGAUCCUCGAAGUAAAUAACGUAAACGUCGAAGGAGCGACGCACAAGCAGGUCGUGGAUCUGAUAAAAUCUGGAGGUGAUGUACUCACCCUGACAGUUAUCUCCGUCACGCCCCAGGAAGCUGAGAGGUUGGAACCGAUCGAGGACCUGAGCUACGCGUCUGUCGACUACAGCGAAAAGAGAUCCCUGCCGAUUAGUGUACCGGAUUAUCAUGUCCGAGAACGCAAGCAUGAACGAUAUGUCGUCUUCAACGUCCACAUGGCAGGAAGGCAUUUGUGUUCGCGGCGGUACCGGGAAUUCGCAGCUCUUCACAUGGCCCUCAAGAAGGAAUUCAUUGGAUUCAAUUUCCCGAAGUUACCUGGAAAAUGGCCCUUUCAGUUGAGCGAGCAGCAAUUAGACGGCAGGCGCCGUGGCCUAGAACAGUAUUUGGAAAAAGUAUGUGCCGUUCGUGUUAUCGCGGAAAGCGACGCUAUGCAAGAGUUCCUGACUGAUCGAUUGGAGGAAGACGGUGACCAGGGUCCAGCAGUUGACCUCAAGGUACUUCUGCCUGAUCGAGAGGUGGUCACAGUGACUGUGGCGAAGGCAGCUAAUGCGAGGGACGUUUAUGACGCUGUAUGCUGCAGGGUUGGGCUCGAUACAGACACAGCAAAGUACUUCUACCUCUUCGAAAUAGUCGAGUACAAUUUCGAACGAAAACUUCAACCACAUGAGCAUCCGCACACUCUCUACAUCCAAAACUAUUCGACGGCCAGCGCAACCUGUUUGGCGAUCAGAAGAUGGUUAUUCACACUGUCAAGACCACUCAGUGAACAGGCACUGACUUGGAUAUUUUGGCAGGCUGUAGACGAAGUUAACAGAGGGCAUAUUAGUGCUGGCGAAAGAUUGUACCAGCUGAAAGCUCUACAAGAUGCAUCGAGGAAACACGAAUACCUGAAAUUGGCUCGAGAAUUGAAUGGCUAUGGCGAUGUCGUAUUUCCACAUUGUGCGUGCGAUUCGAGAAAAGAGGGACACGUGGUGGCUGCUGUAGGUGCAGCUGCGUUCAAACUGCAUGCGUGCAAGGAAGAUGGUACCCUCGAAUCACAAGUUGUAGAGUUUCAAUGGAGUUCAAUAGCUCGCUGGGAAGUUGACGAGGAAAGCAUGGCAUUCUGUUUUCAGUACACAAGACCAGACAAUAGACCACCCCGUUGGUUGAAAGUCUUCACGCCUUAUUAUACGUUCCUUUCUGACUGCUUCGAUCGAAUAGCAGAAGAAGCGAAGUGGGAUGAUCCCGGAGAAUGACACAACGCCCAAGUGUAAACGUUUGGCUUUCGUUGAAAUAUUACUCUAACAUUAUCUAACGAAUACCUUGGAGAAAAAAAGAAGCAAACACCUUUGGAAGACAGGUAGAUGAUAGGGUAAGGUAUUGAAUAUGCCAGCACUUCGAUUUACAUUGGCCUAUGAAGUUUAGGCACUGUAGCAGAAACGGUAAGACUUAAUUGCUAAGAAACGUCAAGUAUUUGAUGCUGUGUUCGAAUAUAUUC